UAUUACGGGAUUUUUUAAUAUUUCUUUAUAGAAAACAGAUUUAUAGACUUUGAGAAAAGUAAAAAAAUGCGAUUACAACGCUUGAUUGUGUUUACGUUUGCGCUGAUUGUUAUUGUUUUUAUCAGUACUUUUAUAAAUUUUAUAUAUAUUGACUGGGUAUUUAUUUUGAAAAAAAAUAUAACUAAAAGCACUGAAAGACUACAAAGAAUGAAUUUAAACGCUAAAAUCCCUCAAAGAUUAGAACAUGGGGAUUCAAACGCAUGCAUUUUACCAUCCCUUAAUCCUUUUGACCCGGAAAUAAUGCGUUAUGUAAAACCUGUUCGCAUGACUUGUUCCGAAAGACGUUUUGGUAAAGUAACAAUCGAUGGAUGGUUUGUUUUAUCGUCAUCAAAUGUUUUAAACUUAAGCAUCAGCUACAUUUACAGAGACAAUCCAAGCAAAAAGUUUAUAAAUGAAGAUUUUGGUGUAAAAUUUUCAGAACCUACUAUUGUAAAAAGAAACAAGAAUGGUACUUAUAAGCAUAAGUUGUCUAAUGACUUUAUUAAAGUUGAAAUUUAUUUUGAAAAGUUCCAUCAUGUUGAAUUUCAUGCUCAUAUCAGCACUCGUUCACAAGAACUACUCAGAAAAGUCUCAAUGAAAAGAAAAGAUGUACAUGGUUUAGGAUUGGAUGUUGUUUUUCUAAUGAUAGAUUCUCAAUCAAAUGCUAAUUUUCAUCGUCAUCUUAAAAAGACUAUGCCAAAGCUUUUGAAUGAUGAAAAUACUAUUUUACUAAAUGGGCACACUGUAGUUGGUGAUGGUACAACAGCACAGCUUUUGGCAAUUCUUGUAGGUGAUCGUGAAAAAUAUCUUCCUGAAGCAAGACGAAGCGUAGAUAACGCAAGUACAUGUGAUCAAUUCAAUUUCAUAUUUAAUGAUUUCCACAAAGCUGGCUAUCUUACUAUGUUUAGUGAAGACAAUCCAGAAUGGGGUGCUUUUCACUAUCGUUUAAAUGGCUUUAAUACUUUACCAACAUCAUGGUAUAUUCGUCCAUUUUGGCUUGCUAAGAAACCUUCUCAUAAAUGUGACGUUGAAUAUAACAAUAUAAUGCUAAAAACUUUUACUGAAACUUUUGAAGACUUGCCAAAAGUAUCUCUUAUAAUCAAUUCAGCCAUUGCACACAAUGAUUUUAAUGGUUUACAAGUAAUUGAUGAUGACAUACUUGAAAUCAUAAAUUAUUUUAAAUCUCCAGUCAGGAUUAAUCAUACUAUUCUUGUUAUAUUUGGUGAUCACGGUGCACGAAUUGGUCCUUUCCGCACAACACUUCAAGGAAAGUUAGAACAAAGAAUGCCAUUUUUUUCAAUUACUUUACCGCCAGAUUUUAAUGUUAAAUAUCCUAAGAUGUUUAUAGCUUUGAAAAAAAAUUCGAACGUUUUAACCAAUCAUUUUGAUAUUUAUGCUUCCCUUCAUCAUAUACUGAGUUACCCAGAUCUUCCAAAAAAGAAAUUUAUUGGUCAGAGUUUAUUUACUAAAAUUGAUCCUGCAGUUAGAACAUGCAAUAAUUCUGGUGUUGAAGACCAUUGGUGUCCUUGUUUAAACUAUAAAAACGUUCCAAUAACAGAUAAAAUUGUGCUAAUGGUAGCUCAUGAAACCGUUCGUUAUAUAAAUUCUCUCAUUAAUAAAAAUAAAGAUUCUGCAAAGCUUUGUUCUAACUUAACAUUAGGAAAUAUUUUAUUAGCAGGCCUAAAAACUCCGAAAAAUGAUGUCAUUCAAUAUGUAAAAACAUCUAAAAACCAAGAAUGCGAUUCAUGUGGAAUUGUCUAUGAUACUGCGGUGAAGUCUAAAAAAUUUUACGAAGUUGUUUUCGUCGUGUUACCUAGCAGUGGAACUUUUGAAGCAAAUGCUGAAGUUUUACCCGAUAAAAAAAUUAUUGUAGAUCCAAAUAUCAGCAGAAUAAACUUAUAUGGAAAUCAACCUCAUUGUAUUAUUAAUGAAUUUCCUUAUCUUCGUCCGUACUGCUAUUGUGUGUGAAUGUCUAAUACAUUCUAUAGUUUUUGAUAUACACUUAAAUUGAAAUUUAAAUAUAUUUAAAAAGUGCUUA